UAGCUGCCCAUGUGAGGGCCAGAGAAAGGCAGAGAUUAGACCCCUGGGGGGUUGAGGACAGUGGCAGGAGGGGCAUGUGGCACCCAGUGAUCCUGGCCAGACUAGCAUCCAGGAAGGUAUAAAAGUCCUUCAGGACCAGGUGGCCUCAAACCAUAGCUGACAGCCGGCCCACACACUUUCCUUUUGUCCUCUUUAGAAGUGACCAUGGGGCUCAGUGAUGGGGAAUGGCAGCUGGUGCUGAAUGUCUGGGGGAAGGUGGAGGCCGACCUUGCUGGCCAUGGACAGGAAGUCCUCAUCAGUCUGUUUAAGACUCACCCUGAGACCCUGGAGAAGUUUGACAAGUUCAAGAACCUGAAGACAGAGGAUGAGAUGAAGGGCUCAGAGGACCUGAAGAAGCAUGGUUGCACCGUGCUCACAGCCCUGGGUACCAUCCUGAAGAAGAAGGGACAACAUGCUUCCGAGAUCCAGCCUCUGGCCCAGUCACAUGCCACCAAGCACAAGAUUCCAGUCAAGUACCUGGAGUUUAUCUCAGAAAUCAUCAUCCAAGUCCUGAAGAACAGACAUUCCGGGGACUUCGGAGCAGAUGCUCAGGGCGCUAUGAGCAAGGCCCUCGAACUCUUCCGGAAUGACAUUGCUGCCAAGUACAAGGAGCUGGGCUUCCAGGGCUGAGCCACAGGCUCCCACUGUCCGACCCACCAAGCUGGGACCCAGUGUUGUGUAGCAAGUAGAGUGUGCAGUGCCCUAGGUUAGCAGAGAACAGAGUGGGGAGCAUGGUGUGGCAUCCACCCACACCCCUGGGGACAGAGCUCUGGGCAGCGUUACUCUGGAACCCAGAGGUGCAAAGUGGCCUCAGCCUCCUCAGCUCUGCUGGGUCAUGCUCAGGUCUUCUGUCACCUAAGUCCCAACCCACUUUCUCCCGGUUUUGGGAAAAUCCCUUUUCCACUGUCACAUUUGACCCCAAAUCCAAGCCACUGACUAGCAGACCCUGACGUUUGAACGAGAUGGAGGGUUGCGUGGAGAGAGUGGAAGGCGGAGUGGGGGCAACGAGCGUCAGAAGUCUCCUGCCACUCAGCUUCCCACUCACCCACUUGUUUCAAUAAAAUAUCCUGCAGCUCCUC